CCCAUCGGUCGGUUCAGUUUCAGCCAGAGAGAAACGAGAAACGUUGCCAGCCGUAAAGUCAGCGGGCCGCGGACGACGAUUUCAAACAACAAGCCAUCGACACUACACCAGCAACACAGUCCACCAGCGACUCGCAACAUUGGGCGAAGAAGACCUGCAACAACAUUGUAUUGGCGAUUCAGUGUACAGUGUCCUGUUCUUUGGUGGCGAUAUAUGAUUUUUUGUGAUUUUUGUGAUCAGUGAUCCGGCGAUCGAUAGCAGUCCAAUACCGAAACCGAAUCCGAUUCCGAGACCGAAUCUGAAAUUGAAACCGAGUUCCAGUUCUCCGCGAGAAUCGCGCGUUAAUUGAGCUGUACGUACAGCUGUAGUACAAAUUUGCAUAACCAGCGACGACGACGAGGCAGAAGGGGAUAUGGCCAUAAACAAAUCUGGCCGGAGCUGAGCGGAGCGUCUUGGUUCACUGAUUUAAUGCCACAAACAGAUUGCAGAUUGUAGCUGUUGCAGUUGCUGUUUCUGCUGCAGCCGCGCCCCUUCUUCAGCUGCAACUCCAGGCCAGAAACCACCUUCACCUCCACCUCGAACUCCACAUCUCUCCUGGGCUGCCUGGUAAACCUGCUUGGAAGCUUGUUUCUGCGGAAGAGCUGCCGCCGGAGCGCCAGACCCGGCAAACAAAAAAUCCAGCUAAAAAAGAAAAAAAUUAAAUACAACAUACACACAGAAGAACGCUGCCGCGUUGUCCGUCGUCUUUGGAAUUUUUCUUUAAAAACAACGCGCUAAGAUUUACAACGCGCGGACCCUGGCAAAAAGUGUAAGAGGCAAGCAAAUGCAGCCGCCGAAGAGUAAAAAAAAUUAGCGCAUAGUGAAGUGUGUCCCCAGUGCUACCAUUACCAAGCUAGUGUGUGAGUGUUCGCGGGCCAAGAAUAAGAAGAGCUCGGAGGCCGACUCGGAGAAAAAGUUUGAAAAGUGUCAAGCGGGCGACCGAACGGCCAAUAACCCAGCGACUGCCAACUGGUAACUGGCAUGCAAUGCGGCCAGGCGACCCCGACGGGUUAAUUACCGUUAUCCUUGCACACCAACAACCACAACAACACCGACUAAAGCCAGUGCAGCCACUAAACGGUACUCAAGUUGUGGAUUACGUAUACGCCGCGGUAUCGUCGCGCUCGUCGUCGUGUGAAAGGACAACAGCAACAACUGCAACAUCCACGGCAGCAACAUCUGCACCAUCAGCCGUAAAAGCCCCAUUGAACACAAGGCAAAGUCAAGUGAACAUUCCAAUUGGAAACGCAUCCGGCUAAUUGGCUCACCGGGAAAUCAAAAAAAGAGAACCGUAGAAAGACAAACAAAACAGAAUAGCAGAAUCCGGAGCCGGCGAAAAUCCCUUCACCAUGAUGCCAGCCAAAGAGGAGCUGCAAUAGACACGAGGCGAUAACUGGCAAUCGAGGAGAGUCAAAGGAUUACAUCCCGGAGCGCACCCCUCCGCCCCAACCCAUCCCCGAGGCAACCCAUUGCACAUCCCGGAAAACUCAAGGAAAAUGCCAUCCGUAGGAAAUAACAGCCGCGAUGGCGGUGGCAACGAUGUGCGUCUCAGUUACGUUGUAAAUCAAGUUGCAUCCGUAUCUGUAUCCGUAUCCGCCGCCGUCUCCGCACCCGAGUCCGCAUCCGGAUCGGCGUUCCCCACGUUCAGUCCGCCGCGGAUUGAGAGCCUGGUGGCCAGCUCGUCGGCGGAGGACUUAAGCAGCUUCGGCGACGUGACAUUCGACAUCUUCGACGACGAUGACGACUUGUUUGGCUCCCCGAUGGCCUUCGACGCCAGCGAGCAGGGCCUCUGGAACGGUCGCUUCGUGCCGCCCCCGCCACGCCCCCCUUUCUUCGUCGACGAGCCGGUGCUGAGCGACGGCCUGACCACAUGUGAUUUAUGCUCCUGGGCGAUGCCCACCAAGAGCACAUUCAUGUUCGAGGGCACGAUAGAAAAGGCCACGGAACUGGGCUGGCCGCUGACGUUGAUCAUCGUGUCCGUGUUGUCGGCGCUGCUAGGCGCCAUCAUCAUGAUUGCUGUGGUGCGCUGCCGGCGCAAAAAGUCCUCAAACAAUCGCAACGACACGCACGUGCAGUGGUGGUCUCGGAACAAGCGCGCCCACGGCAACGGACUGAAUGGUGCGGGCGUGGCCGGUGGUGCGGCUGGAGCUGCUGGAGGCGCUCACCUCAACCACCACCUGAACCACCACAGUGGCAGCAGCAGCACCAUAAACAACAACCACCUGAGGAGGAGCAAUAUCUACACAGCCCACCCUGCAGACAGUAUACGGGGCCUGCACCCACUGCCUCUGCCCCUGCCCCACCCGCCGUCGGGAGGAGUAUCGCCUGCGUCCGUCUCGCCACCUGCCCCACAGCACCAGCAGCAUCUGCAGCAGCAGCAUCCGACAAACCACUACUUCCAUCCAUACCAACAGCAGCAGCAGCAUGUGCACCACACCCAUACGCACUCCCACCACCACCAGCACCCCACGCACCACCAUGUGCCGCUGUACCCGCUCGACUGCGACGAGGACGCGGCCUACGAGGAGCCGGAGUACCACCAGCCACAGGACCUCCACUCCGCGAACAGCAGCAGCUCCUUGUCCACGGCGGGAUCGUCGCCCCUGCCACCACUGGACGGGGGAGGAGCCACCAGUGCCGGCAGUGGGCCGGGCAACCACUGGCCACCAGCUGCUGCCACAGCCACAAUGGUGAUAGCCAGCUGAGAGCCGGGCCAGGACUGCUCCUGGAUCUGGGAGCAGUGAUGGAGAAAGGGAAUGCUUCCUGAGCCCACUUAAGAUGCAGCGCACAUGGGCGGUGCAGAUCAUAAAGGGGAUUACACGUAACAAUUUUGUGAAGUUUAUUUUUGCCAGUUCAUCCAAGGACUCCUCCUGUCUCACUGCCUGAGUGUGUGUGCGGCUGUGGCUGUGUCUGUGUUUCCAAUUGGGAAAACCGAAACGAAUUUAGUGUCACUUCCGUUUCCGUUUCGCAAACUAUCGAACCAGACAGGACGGCGGGAGGCAGUGAGAGGGUUAGGUGGCAUGGCUGUGGUAUGUGGCACAUUCCAGAUACCCGGGCACAUGCUCUUUACAUGCCAGCCACGUUUUAUCUUUUAUUGCCGCUCGGCAUUAGAACUGGGAUUUUGUCGGAUUAAAGCAAAUAAAGGGCGUGCUUUCUGUUUGCACCCAACUGGCAACUGCCGAUGAUGCCACAAGUUUAAAUCGGAGCGUCCUCGCAACUUGUUUCGGGGCAUGCCAGGAUGGGUCACACUAUUGGGAAGACAAGUAUGCCAUUGUGAGAGUCGGAGGCAUAUACCCUCGAAUACCCAUUCACACAAGAUCCUAUACAUUUCCCACUUGUUUUUUGUUUAAAUAGACAUUUUCGGCUAAGCUGUUGUGGGCAUGCUAUGGAUGUGGCGUGGUGUUCGGGGAAAAUGGAUUUGAGACAGGCAUUGGACCGCAGCUUUGUGGCUUUUCACUUCAUUCCGCCCUUGUCCCCCAUAAUGACGAGAGCAAAUUGGUUCUGGACGGCCCUGGCCAGGCAAACCGAAACGAAAUCUAAGCAUGUUGAAGCGCAAAUUGAAGUCCAGCCGGCACAAAAAACAAAAACUAAGCUACAGAAUAAAACUCGCAAAAUCAUCUCUUUAAUCAUUAAUCAAAUUAUGAGCUCAAGCAUCUAAUAGCAUUUGCAUUUUUAAAUAGGUACUCGUAAUAACAAACUCAUGACAAGCAUAUCAAACAUUAACUCAACAGCCAGCAGCCAACAAAAAAGUACUUAAAACAAUCAAACAUUUGCAUAAACUUAAAUGUGAAAGUAAAAACGUAAAAAGUAAAAUUAUGAAAAAGCAGAAUUAUGAAAAACUCGCGCCAUUGUAUAUACACUGUAAAUAUAUUUUGCAAUCCGCUCCAAUUGGCAAUUGCCUGGGGAAGCGUGCCACUGAAAGUUUCUUCUCCAACAUAAUAUUGCAUUUUUUCGAUUCGAUAGCCGAGGAGAAAAACAAUACAACAAACAUGAAACAAAACAUUCCUCUUCAACACAAACGUAAAGUUCAAGUUUUCAUUUAACAAUUACGAAUUACAAUUACGAGUUACGACAAAAACACUCACAACCAAAGACUAGUCAUUUAAGUCACAACGUCGCUAUGUACAAACGAUUAAAUGGGAAAUUAUGAUUAAGCCAGUUAAUUAAUUCUCCAACCGAAUGCGUGUCGGGUCGGCAUUUAUUAGUUUUACGAGAUGAAAGAACAACUGCAAUAUUGUAUUUUAAAUAUUUAUUCAUUAAAGGCACCAACUCCUCUCCUUCCCUCUGUCACCCCCCCUGUCACACAAUAAUCGUAAUUAGCAUUUACAAUUAAAAACUCAAACAUCAAAUAAAUAAUAACUAAUGCGGAAGUAUGCAGAAAUUCACUACAAGCAACUCAAAAUGUUCCAAUGUUUAGAUUAGCCAACUAAUUACGUGGAAAUGUAAACAAAACAACAAGAAGAAAAUACAUGAUAGUUUUCAUAAACGAAUUCAUUAAACUGUGCAUAAAUAAUUUAGGCACAACAAAUGCAAAAUACAAAAUAAAAACAUGCGAAAUCAUAUGCAAAUUCA